UCGAAAAUGUCAUAGUAGUAUAGAAUUAUAUUUUUUUAAACUUGUCAAAUGGGCAAUGUAUAGUAAAAUAAACAAAAAUUCACAUACAGAAAAUUUCACGCCAGUCACAUUUAUGGAACAUUUUUGCAGAGCGCUACACCCAGACCUCGACCUGAGCACAACAUGUGUCACUUGGUUUCGUCAGGCCACCGAACACUGUACGGAAUUGAUUUUGCAGAAAAGACGUGGACCUGCCUUCUGGACGACACUAAAGAAUUUUAUUUUUCCCAAUCGCCAAACGUCGUUGCUCAACCAAAAGAUACCCAUCAGCAUACAUCCGAAUCGUUUAUCGGUUAGCGACUGUCAUGCGCUCUUCCUGGACAUCGUCAAUGAUUAUGUGGAACGCGCGCCACGCUACUCCAUCGAAGCGGCCACCAACGUGCUACUCUGGCAAAUACUCUACUCGCUCAUGGGUAUUAUGGCACUCGGCACGCUACUGGUCACAACCAUAUUCGCCUAUCGUAAGUUCGGCCAGUCACUGGAGAAACCGCUCGAUCCGCUCGCCGCGGUAUUUGUGCCCGAGAAGCGUGCUGCCGCCUACAUCAAUCGUAAUCUACGCGUGCUGAAGUACGAGUUGCAGCGAUUGCGUAUACGACACAUUAUACAACCCGAAGAAGUGCUUGCACCAGACGGCACCAUCACGUUGGUCAUGAAAGUCGCGUCCAAAUUAAACUUCGUUGACGGCAUUGUCGGUAGUCACACGCACUGUAGCGGGCGCUUAUUUCGCCUGCAAGAAAUGAACUCCAAGAUAAAAACCGACUACAAAACCGAAACAAUAGCGAAGAUGAUGAACUUCAUGAAUAACUACUCGCGUAAAUUGCAUUUGUUGGUGAUCUUCGAAGAGGAUCCGAUAUAUGAGGAGUUAAUGCGUCAGCGGCGCGCACAUCCAUUGAAAUGUAUUUCACCAACCGCGCUCUCGACGGUCAGUAGCAAGAAGAGCAGUGUUGGCUUCCCAACGCGCAGCAUUAUAUCACGCUCCAGUAGUCCACCGAAAAGCAAAGCAACGAGUCCACGUCCACCCACGCAAAUACCACGCAAUCUCUCGCGACGCGCCUCAACUUUAACGCUGAGAAAGUAG